AGAAGUUCAAGUGAACGCUAAAAGCCGGCGAUCUUCAACUUCUUGAAAUGGGUCAUGCUCAACUCGACCAAUGCGUCACUGAUCCAACCACCUGCAGGCUGCAUGCUUUCUGACACAACCUCUACACCACUCGUACAAGCACCAGCCCGCGUAGAGUAACACGCUAUCUAUCCAGCCUCAAGCCACUCGCCUCGUCCUGCUUGAUGUCUGACCUCUCCUUUGCAGAAUUCUCGCAAACAUUUUCUCCUCCAACUCUCAUUCCGACUCUAAAUGCGCUCCUCGCCGGCCUAUCUCUCCCAUUCGGGCUCACAUCCCCAACAGACUUAGCGCCCUCUCUACUCCUCGCAAUCCUAGAAUCCAUCCUCGAGUCCCGCCUCCCCAUCCCAGCUCCAAUCCGCGCCUCCCGCUCCUCCCUCGCAAAAGUAGAAGCCAUGAAAGUUUUCCUCGGCGUACUCGAGUGCGAUGUCCUCCCACCAAACGAGGACGUCGGUCUCGCGGACCUUGAUCCGCGGAGACUGGCGGAUGGGUGUUGGGAAGAGACUGUUUUUGUUGGUGAGCUGCUUUGUUGGCUUGGGAGGAAACGAGGGAUUAUCGAGGAGGUGGAUAGUGAGGGCGAGGGCGAGGUGGAUCUUACGGCGUCGAUGCUGUUGUGUCCUGAACCUUCGUACAACUUGUCGCAUAUCACGGACGUACCGCGCCAUCCACGCGUUGCGUCUCCCUCCACGCGGUCUACUGCCACUAUGAGCGCGCAGACCGAUCUGUCGAUGCAUAACGCCCCUCAUAUGGAGUCUGACACGAGCAUGGCGGAUUCUGAACUCUCAGAUCAUACAGAGACGCAGUCAUUGCACGAUACCCAGCCACACUGUAUUCACGAGCUCGAGGACCCCUCAUAUUUCCACGAGCCCAACACGUCCAAUAUCGAUGAUUCAACAGAAGGAUCAGACUCAGACCCCGAUUGCUCCACCUCCUCCCUAGAACAGCCUCCAACUCCCACACCCCAGCCUAUCCGUCUAAAAGGCUGGAUCGGCGCUGUCGAUUCUGAGCUUGAAAUGCAAGCGUUCGCAACGAACAAGCUUAAUGCGAGCACGCCUGUUAAAGAUAAGAGUCAGCGCCGGCGGAGUUCUGGGCUUUUUCCCGUGACAAGCGGGAACCAAAAUAAUUCUACCCCUCGCAUGCCCACGAUGUCGGUGCGUAUUCCUGCCAGUGCACCUUCGGCGCGUACCUGGGCCGAUAACCUCUCUAUUCUUGGGACUUCGCCUUCCGCACUGCCAUCAAAGCAAAAGCAAAAGCAAAAGCGGACGGCAGAUUAUGAUUAUUGUUCGCCUACGGAACGUACGGUUGCGCUUUUGAACGAGCGCGCGAGACUUCUCAGUGAACUCGCUGAUCUGCGGAGGAUUAGGAAAGCUAGUCGAUAAUGUUACGGGCGAGUGGAAAUGCCAUGGGUAGGGCGUGUUCUCGAUGCCUGUUGCGAUCUCUUGAUCACCACUGGUCAGUUUUGGUUAACUUUAUCAAGUUUCUUGGUUCAGCUAUCGUUGUACGUCUCGCUUAAUUAGUAUUACUGAGUUUUAGACCAUUUUUGUUUGCUCAUGUUUAAUUCUAAAGCUUGUAGCAAAUAAACCCAAAC